CACCAAGUAGCAUCAAGUCAACCUUGUAGACCAGUUUUUGUCCCGCACUUAGCACUGCCCCCGCCUUAACUUCCCCGUAGCCCCUAACCUCCUUUCCAAUCACAGAGUCGGCCAUGCGCACCUUCAUUCUCGCUCCUAUCCUCACCGCACUUGCCAUUGCGUCUCCUGUCCACAGGCGCCAGCAGGUCGGUUCGGCACAGGGAGAUGCUAUCGACACUGGUGCAAAUGCCAUCAGCUCGCCCAACAUAAACGAGGGCACUCAGGUCGAGGACUCCAUCAUCGACAAUAGCUCCGAUGCUGGCAGCACCUCGGCUGGAAACUUUGGCACCUCUGUUACCAAGGUAAACUCGAACAGCGUGAACAAGGGCAAUAUCGUUGUCAACCCGUCGACGACUACCACCUCGGGCAACACCGGGACGACAGUUGACGGAUUUGGGAACCAGGUUGGCGACGACUUUGGUAUCCUGCCAUUCAUCAGUGACUUCCUUGCCAAGCGUUCUGUUGUGGAGCGUGCACUUGCUAAGCGCAGUAUCGUGGACCGUGCACUUGCUAAGCGCGGUAUCGUGGAGCGUGCACCCGUCAGGCGCAGUGCCAUCUUUGCUUCGCCGGACUUUGUGGAUCCGUUUGACUUGGGGUACUUCCCUGGGCAGUACCUGCCGGCCGGAUUCCCCGUCGAUGUCCCUGUUGCCUUGCCUGUCGGCUUCACUGUUGCCCCGGGCUCCAGCCAUAACCAGGUUCAGAAUGCAGGAAUUGUCCAGAACCAAGCCUAAGCCCACCACAGCAUCUCCCAGAACCCAUCUUAAAAUAUAAUA